AUGGCGUCGCAACUUAGGUGGCUGCUGCCGACUUCCCACCCAUCUCAUCAAACUCAGGUGCUUCAAAACCCAUGCCUCACUUCCCGUCGAUUCAAGUCUUUCUCUGCUGUCCCACAAGCUAGGAAGCUACACUUCACCUUGCCAUCGCAGAAUGCCAAAAACAAAGCUCAAUUUUCACCACUUCAGAACCCCAAUGGCCCCACCAGAUUGAGUCGUCCCGUGGCCGUGGCUGCUCUUAGCUCUGGGUUGAGUUAUCCAAUUAUCUCUCCCCAGGAUCACUGGGGUGCUUGGACUGCUCUUUUCGCGACCGGGGCUUUCGGCAUCUGGUCGGAGAGGACCCGGAUUGGAAGUGCUCUGAGUGGGGCACUGGUGAGUACUUUAAUUGGCCUUGCUUUCAGUAAUUUAGGGAUUAUACCCUGCGAAGCACCAGCGUACAAGGUUGUUUUGGAUACCUUGCUUCCACUGGCGGUUCCUUUGCUGUUGUUUAGAGCAGAUAUGCGCCGUGUGAUACGCUCCACUGGGACUCUCCUCCUGGCUUUCCUACUUGGAUCAGUUGCAACAACCGUGGGAACUGCAGUAGCAUUCUGGCUGGUUCCCAUGCGAUCAUUAGGUCAGGAUGGUUGGAAGAUAGCUGCUGCACUAAUGGGAAGACAUAUUGGUGGAGCUGUCAACUAUGUUGCAAUAGCUGAAGCUUUGAACAUUACUCCUUCUGUUUUAACUGCUGGACUAGCUGCAGAUAAUGUUAUUUGCGCGGUAUAUUUCACAAGCUUGUUUGCGUUGGCUUCUAAGAUACCUGCAGAGGCUUCAACAUCUACCGUUGGCACUGAGCUUGAUACACCAGAACCUGGACAUAAACUGCCUGUGCUAGAAUCUGCUAGUGCCGUAGCUGUAUCCUUUGCCAUUUGCAAAAUAGGAAGCUUUAUCACAAAACAUUUUGGGAUACCGGGGGGUAUCCUUCCAGCCGUUACAGCAAUUGUUGUCAUUCUGGCAACGGCAUUUCCAAAGGUGUUUACUCAUCUAGCCCCCUCUGGUGAGGCGAUGGCACUCAUUCUUAUGCAGGUAUUUUUCACCGUGAUUGGUGCAAAUGGAAGCAUACAGAAUGUCAUUCGCACAGCUCCAAGUAUCUUCUUUUUUGCACUAGUACAGAUAGCCGUUCAUCUUGCUGUUAUCCUAGGUUUGGGAAAGCUCCUCCGUUUUGACCUGAAAUUGUUGCUUAUAGCAUCCAAUGCCAAUGUGGGUGGGCCUACAACAGCUUGUGGAAUGGCCACUGCCAAAGGAUGGAGCUCUUUAGUUGUUCCUGGAAUUCUUGCUGGCAUUUUCGGCAUUGCAAUUGCAACAUUUCUUGGUAUAGCUUUCGGAUCCAAAGUUCUCAUGUUCAUGGAUAAUAACCUCCAGAGAAACGCCUUAUAUUCCAGUUUCCGCAAGUGGGAUGUCAAGGUGAAAUCUGGGUUGAAUUUCCCACUUAUACCUCCUGAUGACAAAUGGGGUACCUGGACUGCCCUUUUUGCAACUGGUGCUGUUGGUCUCUGGUCGGAGAAAACGAAGAUUGGCAGCAUGGUGAGUGCAGCAUUAGUGAGUAUAUUGCUUGGGUUAGCGGCCAGUAAUGUGGGGAUUAUUCCUUAUGAGGCACCUGCUUAUUCAGUUGUCAUGAAGUUUCUGCUUCCUUUAACGGUUCCCCUGCUCUUAUUCAGAGCUGACAUGCAACAAGUCCUGCGCUCCACCGGGACCCUGCUUCUUGCUUUCUUGCUUGGUUCAGUGGCUACUAUAGCCGGAACUUUAGUGGCUUUCUUGCUGGUGCCAAUGCGAUCACUUGGUCAAGAUAAUUGGAAAAUUGCCUCUGCUCUUAUGGGUAGCUAUAUUGGUGGAGCGAUCAACUAUGUUGCAAUAUCAGAAGCGCUCGGUGUUUCUCCUUCAGUCGUUGCCGCAGGUGUUGCUGCUGACAAUGUGAUAUGCGCUGUAUACUUUAUUGUGUUGUUUGCCUUGGCUUCCAAGAUAACUUCGGAGACUUCAGCUUUGAACAGCAACGCUCCUACAAAUAUGACUGUUGAUACUGGAGGUAAACUUCCGGUGCUGCAGAUUGGUUCCGCUCUUGCAGUCUCUUUCGCAAUAUGCAAAGCUGCCACUUCUCUUAUGAGAAUUACCGGAAUUCAAAAUUAUGAUCUUCCAGCAAUCACCGCAAUCGUUGUGAUUUUAGCGACUUUGUUUCCUGGAUUUUUUCGCUCCCUUGCACCUGCAGGUGAUGCUAUUGCUUUACUCUUAAUGCAGGUCUUUUUCGCGGUGGUAGGUGCUGGAGGCAGCAUAUGGAAUGUCAUCCACACAGCCCCAAGCAUAUUUGCAUUUGCUUUUGUUCAAGUGACUGUCCAUCUAAUUGUACUGCUAUGCUUCGGAAAACUAUUCCGCCUUGACCAGAAGCAGUUGCUUGUGGCAUCAAACGCCAACAUUGGAGGCCCAACAACAGCAUGUGGCAUGGCCAAGGCCAAAGGAUGGGAUUCUUUGGUGGUUCCUGGCAUUCUAGUAGGGAUCUUUGGAAUUUCCAUUGCAACAUUUGUCGGGAUUGCUUUUGGAAUGUUUGUUCUGAGACGCAUGUAA